AUGAUAUCCUUUGGUAAGAGUGUGUUCAUCUAUCUAUCUAUCUAUCUAUCUAUCUAUCUAUCUAUCUAUCUAUCUAUCUAUCUAAUCCUUUCCCUUUCACAUCUAUCUAUCUAUCUAUCUAUCUAUCUAUCUAUCUAUCUAUCUAUCUAUCUAUCUCAUCCAGUGCCUUUCAUUAUCUAUCUAUCUCAUCCUUUCCCUUUCAUUAUCUAUCUAUCUAUCUAUCUAUCUAUCUAUCUAUCUAUUCUAUUCUAUUCUAUUCUAUUCAUAAUCUAUCUACCUAUCUAUUCUUUCAUUAUCUAUCUAUCUAUCUAUCUAUCUGUCUAUCAAAUCAGUCUGUUCAUAUCUAUUUAUUCGGUUCCAUCUACUUUCGACAGAAAACUUCAAAUAAAACAAGCUUAUGUUUAUCUAUCUAUCUAUCUAUCUAUCUAUCUAUCUCAGUCUAUUAAUAUCUAUCUACAUCCAACUCUCUCUUCUGGUCAAAUCUGUCUCAAUUUCUAUCUAUCUAUCUAUCUAUCUAUCUAUCUAUCUAUCUAUCUAUCUAUCUAUCUAUCUUUUCAUAUCUAUCUAUCUAUCUAUUUAUGUAUCUAUCAAUCUUUUCAUAUCUAUCUAUCUAUCUAUCUAUUCAUCCAUCUCAGUCUAUUCAUAUCUAUCUAUCUAUCUAUCUAUCUAUCUAUCUAUCUAUCUAUCUAUUAUAUAUCUAUUUAUAUCCAUCUUUUUUUUUACUCUCGCCCUACAGAUAUGCGUAUAGGAACCCUUUAUCGAAAAUAUCAUCGUGACACGUCCAACACACGUAGGUGGGGUGUAAUACCAAUCAUUACCCGGCCUACGGUCAGGGAUCAAAGUGUAAUAAAUGUUCUUUAUUCCUUUUUAUAA